CACGGUAGUCAUGUUGGCUCUGCCACUGCUCUUCAUCCUCGCCGCUCAGGCUUCAUCUGUAGCGGCCAACCGCAAUGUUUUGGCACCUCUGCUCGAAACUGGCGGUCACGCCAUUCCGGGCCGCUACAUCGUGAAACUCAAAGAUGGGGUGAUGACCACACAGACCGAUGUGCAACUGAGCUUCUUCAUGGAGCGGGCGAGUCACGUUUACACACACGCAUUCCACGGCUUCGCGACGGAGCUAGAUGACCAAAGUCUCGAGGCGCUCCGUCGUCGACCUGAUGUUGAGUACGUUGAACGUGAUGGCAUUGCGUCUAUCAACGGGUUUAUUGAGCAACCCAACGCGCCGUGGGGACUCGUUCGCAUCUCACACCGGCAACGAGUCGGCACGAGCUAUAUAUACGAUGAGAGCGCCGGCCUCGGGACUUGCGCGUACAUCAUCGACACGGGCAUCGACGUUGCCCAUCCGGAGUUUGGGAAUCGUGCUCAAGUUCUCAAGUCCUUUGUCAACGAUACGACGGACGGAAACGGCCACGGAACACAUCUUGCCGGUAUCAUCGGCAGCAAGACUUUUGGCGUCGCAAAGAAAACAAAAAUCUACGGGGUCAAAGUCCUCGACAAUAGCGGCAGCGGGACCUACUCCAACAUCAUUGGCGGCAUGGACUUUGUGGCCAAGGACUGGAAGACGCGGAACUGUCCCAAGGGUGCCAUGGCCAACUUGAGCUUGGGCGGCGGCUUCUCCGCCGCCGUCAAUUCCGCCGCAGCGUCACUCGUCAAGGCGGGCGUCUUCACCUCUGUGGCUGCCGGUGGCGACAACUCAGAUGCGUCAAAGUACUCGCCGGCUUCGGAGCCGACGGUGUGCACCGUCGGGGGAACAACCCGUUCGGAUACCAGGCUGAGCUCGUCCAACUAUGGCCCCAUCGUUGACAUUUUUGCCCCAGGGGAGGGUAUAACAUCUACAUGGCUCAGAGGGGGAACGAACACUAUCUCGGGCACUUCGACGUCCGCCGCGUACAUUACGGGACUGGGAUGCUACCUUGCGGGGUGGGAAGGAAGCGCAGGCGGGGAGCAGCUCUGCAAGCGCAUACAGGACUUGGCCACGAAAGACAUCAUUCAGAACAUCCCAAAGGGCACGCUUAACCUCUUGGCAUUUAAUGGGAACCCAAACGCAUAAUCUCGCUUAAGUUUGCAAGCUAGCAUCGCAUACAGAGCCCCCGACCUUAUGUUGUUUCAUUAUACAUGUAAUAAGACAACGUCAGAGGUAUAGCAUUACACUUGAGGUCACACCGCGCUCGCUUGGCUUACAACAC